ACGAGUAACGGGAUGGGACUUGUUAGUUGGGCCUUCUUGGACUUGUUACAAGUCUCUCUCUCUGCCUCUCAUGUUCUUCAUUGACCUUUAGCUUUUCUGUUUUCUACUACCAUUUAUUUUCUCUGGUGUAGAAUUCGUAUGGGAAAUGUCUAUCUCGGACGGCGACGAAGGUUUCAGGUACUGGGUUCGAUGGCAAGUGCCAGUUUGUGCUCUGAUCAUCGGGGGUCCAGCUUUCGUUGCGGUGAGAUUCGUCAGAAAUUUGAAAGCUGAGCCUCUUAACUACAAUGACUUGUGGACUCCCUGCUGGAGAAACCUCAAUCCUCUUUGGCUUCUUAUCUUUAGAGCUUUCGCUUUCGUUUGCCUCGCUUGGGUACUAUACGAAAUCGUUUCGGUGGCCGGAGCUUUUGCCUUCUAUUUCUACACCCAGUGGACUUUUGCAUUAGUUAUGGUCUAUUUCGUGCUGGGAACCGUUGUAUCUGCAUAUGGAUGCUGGUUUUCCUUCAAGAAACUUCCUUCCUCAAAAGUUAAGGGUAUAGCGAACUUGAAAAGUCACUAUGCUCAAGAGGAGAUACAGGGGAAAUUGAGAUUUUGGGGUUAUCUUAUGCAAGCUGUAUAUCAGACUUGUGCAGGUGCUGCUAUUUUAACAGAUGUCGUAUUUUGGUGUCUUCUUGUGCCAUUUUUCUUGGGUGAGCAGUUCAGCCUAACGCUGUUGAUAGGCUGCUUGCAUAGUUUGAAUGCCAUUUUUCUUCUUCUGGAUACAGCUCUCAAUAACCUUCCAUUUCCUUGGUUUGGGUUUGCAUAUUUUGUGAUCUGGAGCUGCCUCUAUGUUACUUUCCAGUGGAUCCUUCACGCUUGUGGUUUUACAUGGUGGCCAUAUCCUUUUCUUGAGCUUCGUACACCAUGGGCUCCUUUAUGGUAUUUUUCCUUGGCUCUGGUUCACAUCCCCUGCUAUGGGAUAUAUGCACUGAUUUUUAAAAUAAAAAAUUCAGUUCUCCCUGUACUGUUUCCUCGUUCUUUUAUCGCAAGUUCACACAAUUAGCUGCUUGUUCUGGGAAAUUGAAUUUUCUCAAUAUGCUUGUUACAUGGAGGGAAUGCUCAUAUUCCCAGUGGAAAUGGCGGUUCAUUUAAACCCUGUUGUUGUUCUAUUAAAGUCAAACCGAUGCCAAGAAAGCAUUAAACUUAAGAUAUUGGUAUUGGACCAGAAUUUCCAUGUUAAUAAAAUUUUCUCCGCCUCUGCUGUGUUUCGUU